AUGCUGGACUAUCAUUAUCACUCGCGGGAUGAUGCCUCCAAACACGAUGACGGGGAGAUGCUCGCGGCGGCGGCGGAGGAGGAUUACGAAUUUGAAAUUCUGCAACUCGUCGACUUCGAAUACGAUCCCGAGGAUUCUUACUACGACGACGACGACGACGACGCGCUCGAACCGACCCGGAGACCCGAUCUACGGAGAGAUCUCCCCGAUGAGAUCCGGACCCGUCUGAACGGAGGGAAAGGCGAAUCCCAACCGGACGUCCAAGGAAUCCCGGGAAGCCCCGGUCCGAUGACGACGACGGCGACGGCGACGUCGACUCCGAUGACCUCGGCGGAACACACGGUCAAGACGGAAAAGAUUGGAGAUCCACAUGCCACCCCCACAUCUACCACCGCCGCACUGUUGACGACCACAUCGACGGGAAUGUCGACUACGCUUACCUCAUUGCCUACGGCUACUCCGACGACGUCGUUUGCCGCUGGAGCCCUUGUUGAUAGCAUUCAUACGAGCUCAACCGGAAUCGCCUUGCCAACCAUUACCUUCAGCAAUGAUGCUGCAUCGAACGCUCCAAAAACUAUCACAAUAGACACCCAUCUGCCUACCCUGUUCGCGACAAUGUCCUCGCCGACACCUGCACAGACGGCUGAAGCCGGCGCUGCUUCUAGCGCUUCUGCUGCCACGGCAAGCGAUAGUGGAGGGCUCAGCCAAGGAGCGACGAUCGGUAUCGGCGUCGGAGUCGGCGUGGGUGCCGCACUGAUCGCGAUCCUCUUGACCGUGGCUAUCCUCAUGCGCCGUCGGAACCGCGAAUCGAAAGGGACCGACGACGACAUGAAGUACGAGCCUUCACGGCAGUUCGAAUCCUCCAUGAGCGGUAUGACUGUGGCACCCAUGCUCGCCAGCGCCCACGCCGAUCGCAUGUCAUACGCCAAGGGCAACGCGAUGCCCGUGUCGGUGACGAGCCUCCACUCACAUUCGGGAUCCGCCGACCGGGAUAGCGGUCCCUACCGCGACGAUGAUUUCGACGACGACGCCCAUCGCUUCGACGGCGGCGAAGGCGGCAUGCACGUCGUGAAUAACAACCCUCGUCACUCCGAUCCCGCCUGGCCGCUCACCCCGGGCGUCAUCACCAUCCCUCCCGCCAACUACAAACCUCAACCUCAAAUCCCACAGCAACAGCAACCGCAACCACCACCACAAACCGCACCACAACAACAACAGCAACAACAACCACCCUCCUCCCGCCUCUCAGCCCAAUACGCCAACGCGCCCCUCCCCGCCCUCCCACCAUCCGCCCACGCCCAAGACCAACCCCCGCAACAGCGGACCCCCCAACACCACCGCCUCUCCCAGAUGACCACGAGCUCCGCCCUCGUCUCCCCGCUGACGCCGACCCCGUCGAUCCUCGGCGGCGGCGGACUGACCCGCUCCAACACCAUCGACAGCGACGCGCCGCCCCCGCCCGUGCCGCCGCUCCUCCCGAUGCUCCGCAUCCCCGCCACCCCGUCCCUCCAGCAGCAGCAGCAACAUCCCCGCGGCGGCGGCGGCUCCUCCUCCGCGGACCCCGACGACGACGACGACCACCAGACCGAACGCACCCCCCUCGCGGGCGCCACGCCCAUCCCGGACGUCAGCCCCACCGUGCGCCGGCCCUCCCCGGACCAUUCGCCCGUCAGCCCGAUCAGCCCCGUCAGCCAGAUGAGCCGGCAGGUCAGCCGGGCCGGCGGCGGCGGCGAUUGA